AUGACAGAGAAGAAAGAGACGCUGACAGCAAUCACGGUGGUGAUUGAUGAUCCUCAAGAUGAUGAGAGUACUGUCGGUAACGAUGCGGACUGGCAGGCGGCUCUACGCGAUGCGAGCGCUAUUCUGACCGAGCGGGACAUCAUCACUAUCUAUCGCAACUCCGAGUUGAUGCCCGGCGCGCAGAGGAAUGGGAUGAACCAGGACCACUUCAGAGACCUAUACUACCACGAUCACAAGAUCAACCGGAUGGAACGUCUACAAUAUAGUCAACCACCCAGAGCUCGAAGGGAGCGCCUCUUGUUUGACCCCAAGCACGCAACUUAUGCGUCAGCCCGAGCAGGUCAUAGCAUUGUGAUGGCUACAUACAGUCAGCUUCAAGCCAUCGAAGACGGCAAGAAGGAGCGAGGAGAACGCGAUAGACGCUUGAGGAUCAUCUUGGACGAAGGACAAUGCAUCCGCAACCGGGAUACCAAUCAGCUGCAAAUCAACUGUGACGUCUACAACUACGGCGACGAAGCUGGUGCUCGUAAGGAGCGACUUCUCUUUGACAAAAGGCACAGCGUCUACAUGGGGGCUCGUGCGGGGCACACGGUUGUAGUGGCAAGCUACAGCCAGCUGCAAAACCUAAAGGAUACCGAGAAUGCGCGCGAGCAACGGCACAAGCUUUUCCUCCGCAUCAUUCUUGACGAAGCUCAAUGUAUCCGUAGAUGCGAUCGGACCCGCCAAGGCAAGAUUCUCAUGUCAUUCGAUGCACAUUUCAAGGCCGUCUUCACAGGAUCUCCUGUGGUAGACACUAUCCUGGACUUCGAUGGGUACUUGGCGUUCCUAGAGUUCGUCGGAUGGGGAUGGGUCGCCGAUUUGAACUCAACCCACAGCACCGACGAGGUUCGAAAAUCACGGUACGACAAGUUCAAGGAAGGCCUGGCUACCGGUGUCAACAACCGCUCCGAGCCCCUCGAAGAUUGGCACAGCGACUGCAGCUCAGUGGACGAGCCAGAUGCUCAACAGAUCAAAGAGUCAAUCGAAGAAGGGUGGCAGUGCUCCCACUGGCCUGCACUCGUAAGAUACAACGGUGAUCGACCACCAAGCCUGGAUCGCAAUGACAGGAAGAAAAUCGACGGCAAGACUAUCGCGAAGGAUGUUUCACCUCCAGUUCAGGAGAACCCCAACGAUAUGUACUAUCCCAGGGUCUUGGAUAGUAACAAGUACUACUCGAUCGCUUCUUUCAGGCACUAG